AUGGCUAGUUUAAAACCUCCAGAAGUGUACCAAACUUAUGAGAGGGGUAAAUGUACGAUACGUUUGAUUAAGGAUAUUCGGACGUUACGUGAGUGUGACGUACAAUCCUUGACAGAUAUUUUUUUCUCUUUGGUUUCGUUUGAUCCCAAUAAUAGCAGACUGGCAUCUGUACAAGGUGAAAUCCGCGUCGGCGGGUUAUAUCAGGCAAAACUGCCCCCAAUGGAGAGGUGCUCUGCAGUGGAUGAACCGGAUCGUGAUGAAUUGCAAUGGAGGCCGGGUUAUAUCAAUGAAGAGAGUGAACAUGUUUAUAAAAGAGCGACUCGAUCAUUUCGGAUGUUUGCUAUGGUUCGAAAUGAGCAAAUUACUCAAAUGGAACGUGAUUUCAGGACUGGUGACUUAUGUAUGCAUGAUGCCAUAAUUACGCUGCAUAAAUGCGACUACAACGUUAAUUAUGCAAUUGAAGCAAUGAAUAAGAAUGACGAACAUAUGCUUAAAGUGGCCAACUUUAUGAGUGUUGAUGAUGCCAAGAAAUUUGCUCGCGGCAUUAAAACAUAUGGGAAAAAUUUCUUAAAAAUCAAAAAGGAGCUAUUACCACAUCAUCGCAGAGAUGAACUGGUGCAGUUCUAUUAUGGAUGGAAGAAGACCCGUGAUGCAACCAGGCCUAAGCCAUUAGCACGUCAACGAAAUACAGCAACUGCAACACAUCGAAAACCAAAGGGCAAUCAGUUGAAAGCAUCUCGUCCAGGCAGUACUGAUUUGGCUGACUAUGCAUCAGCAAGCGAGACCGAAAUGGAGGAGUUAGAAAAUGAUGGUCGUGCUGCAGCAUAUGCUUGUCAUCAUUGCUACACGUCAAAAAGUAAAGACUGGCAUCAUUCGGGUAGAGAACGUCAGUUGCUUUGUACUGAAUGUCGAGUUUUUUAUAAAAAGUAUGGGCAGUUGCGUCCCGUUGAUCGACCAAGUACCGUCCCGCCAUCACUGUACAAACCUAGAAGUCCUGAAGGCAACGAUGAUGAGGAACAAGGGGUAAGGACGCGAGCAAAUAAAAAGGAAAGACGUGGUACUUCACUGGAGGUGGAUAAAAAAGGUAUCAGUUCACCAAAUGAUAGCGAAACGACGAAACAAAGGAAUGGAAAAAGGAAGCGAAAUCAUGCACAGAAUAAUGAAUAUGUAAAUGGAACUGCAAAGAAGCGGUUUGUGAAAGGAGAGAAAGAAGACGAACAUACCAAUGUGCACGAAAAUGAACCUGGUGUCAGUUCAGAAGUUCAUACGAGUGAUAAUUCAUUAAAUAUUGGAAAGGGGGAUGAAAGAGAAGCGUCUGCAGGUCCAGAGUCAAUUUCGGCAUCACUGAAAGUAGUUGGUGUUGACGAGGAAGGAAAGCACUAUCAGGAACCAAUAAAUACAUCCAUAUGUGUAGAAAAAGGAGGCCCGAAUGUUGAAAUCCAAACUUCCGCCACUUCUCCUUCAGCCAAUGCUGCAAUAAGUGAACUAUCUUCAGCUUCCGGAACUGCUUACAAUGAGGUUGAGGAAGCUGUAGAAAUUGCAACUGAACAGCCCAGCACAAGUUUCGUGAAACCAAUCGAUCGGACUCCUCCUGAUGAAAUGAAAACGGAGGAAGAAGAUUCAGAUGAUGGUUACUGGACUGUAAAUGAUACAGUUGCUGAAACGACGAAAAACGCAUUGCUCGUCCGAGUUAUCGAUCGACGCUGUGGUCAAAUGUGUGCGCGUACAGAUCUGGCUUUUCGUAUGAAACCUGGUUCGGAAUGGGAUAAGAAACGAGAAGCACGGUCUGCCGUCAAAAACCAUAUAAAUAAUGCACAUAAAAAGCCUAAUGAAACGUUCCCAACUACAGUUACAGUGCCAAAAUUACCAUCUGCUCAACUUGCAUCAUUGUCGGGUACACCUAAUGUUGAGGCAUUUAUGGGAGGUCGGGUCCCCAUGAAUGGUACUGCAAUUUCUGGUUUGCCAGGAAUGUUUCCUGGUAUGCCAGAUCCGCGAUUCGGUUUCCUUACUCCUCAACAGCAGUAUGCCAUCGCAGUUGAACAGCAAGUUUUUCAAAAGCAGAUGGAACAGCAGCUAAGAGCACAUCAAUUAGAAAUGAUACGAAAUAGUGCAAACGGUACAGUGACGACGGGUUCCACAGUAGCAGCUGUUCGUGACUCUCCUUCCCAUGGUGGUACUGCUGCGACUGCUGUUAGUGCUCAUGGAUUUCCCCCCAACAUACUUCCGCCACCUUUCCAUAAUUUUGGGAUGGAUCCGAGAGCCUUGGCUACAUUGAUGCAUAAUUCACAGCUUGGUUCGCAAUUUGGAAUAGGUAUCGACAGUCAUACCGCAGCAAUGAUGAGUGCCUUGGAGCAACGAAAUUUGGAGCAGCGCAUGCUUAGUAUGGCUGGCAUGGAAAUGUUGGCUCCUGGUGGAAUACCUGUAUCUCAAGCACCACAGUCCCAUCUCCAUCCACAUGCUGCUGCUAUGAUGCAACAUGCAGCUGCCACCCAUCCUGGUGAUGCACUUCAGUUGCAACAGCUAUUAGCCAUGUCAGCAGCGGCUCAGGCUCAGGCGCAACGCCCUUUUCUAGAGCAGAAUGCUCUUUUGCAAAUGACAAUGAUGAAUCCAUUCAAUAAUGAAUUGGGAUCUCGAAUCGUAAAUCCUGGCUCAUUGAAUUCUGAUAUGAUGCGACGAUUGCAACAGGAAGGUGGUUUUGCAAGUGCACAGAGACCUUAA